UCAUGACGUCUCCACACGCCUGCGUGUGGACGCAAAGGUGUAGGAUGUAGCACAGGACGUGGCUAGCAAGCUGCUAGUUACUGUAGGACGUCCGAAAUCCCAUAGAAAUCGCUAUAAGGACCACGUUUACUACAUGCCCAAGUAGUGUUAGUGUCUCUUCCCGCAGACAGACUUUUUUGUGCCAGAUGUGACGCAUAAGCAAUACACGAAGCUGAAUGGAAGAAUUUCAAGCCUUUUGUGAGUGAGGAGGUUGUGGGUAACGUACCAUGGGGUACGACGUUACGAGGUUCCAAGGGGAGGUGGAUGAAGACUUGCUUUGCCCAAUAUGUAGUGGAGUGCUAGAAGAACCCGUGCAGGCUCCACACUGUGAACAUGCCUUCUGCAAUGCAUGCAUAACGCAGUGGUUCGCCCAGCAGCAGAUUUGUCCUGUUGACCGCACAGUCGUGACGCUAGCUCACCUCCGGCCUGUGCCCCGCAUCAUGCGCAACAUGCUAUCCAAACUUCAGAUCAGUUGUGACAACGCAAGCUUUGGCUGCACGGCCACGCUGCGGCUAGACCAGCUACAGUCGCACCUCAAGGACUGUGAGCACAACCCCAAAAGGCCCGUCAACUGUGAGGAGGGAUGUGGGCUGGAAAUGCCCAAAGACGAGCUGCCCAACCAUAACUGUAUCAAACACUUGCGGAGUGUCGUCCAGCAACAACAAACUAAGAUUUCGGAGCUGGAGAAAACUGUGGCAGAACAUAAGCAUCAGCUGGGGGAACAAAAACGGGACAUUCAGCUGCUAAAAGCCUACAUGAGAGCAAUUCGCAGUGCAAACCCCAACCUCCAAAACCUCGAGGAAAGCAUAGAGUACAACGAGAUCUUGGAGUGGGUGAACUCCAUGCAGCCCGCCAGAGUGACGCGCUGGGGUGGCAUGAUCUCCACUCCCGACGCUGUGCUCCAGGCAGUCAUCAAACGCUCCCUCAUCGACAGCGGCUGUCCUCUCUCGAUUGUCAACGACCUGAUUGAGAACGCCCACGAGCGAAACUGGCCACAGGGACUGGCCACUCUGGAGACACGGCAGAUGAACAGACGCUACUAUGAGAACUACGUUGCCAAGCGUAUCCCUGGCAAGCAGGCAGUGGUGGUGAUGGCGUGUGAGAAUCAGCAUAUGGGGGAGGAUAUGAUCCUGGAGCCCGGCCUUGUUAUGAUCUUUGCGCACGGAGUGGAGGAGAUCUUAUAACUGUGCAGCGAGCUGAGCUGAUCCAGAAGCAAGUGGGGACAUUUUGCUUGGGGGUUUGCUGUAAUAAGUAGGUUCUUCCUCUUUAGAGCGAAGCCUUCUGAAUUAAUCUGGCUUAUUUAAAAGAAUAUCUUAGGCUCACUCCUAAGCUUGAUACCUAUGCCUUAAAGUAAGGACAAAUACUUUAUGAACCUGGCAAAUAUAAACUUAAUCUGACUGAUAUCUAAGAUAAAAGGUGAGAUGUGAUGUUUACAAGGUUUAUAUUUAGUGCAUUAUAUGAUCUGAUUGUUCUGCUCCAUGUCCUAAUGUAGUAAUAAGCUUGAACCCCCAUUUAAUGUCCUCGGUUGUACAAAUGCUUGUAAAUACAAAUACUAUAUUGAAUUAUAAAUGGUAUACUCCUCACUGUAAUUAGGUUGUGAUUUCUGUUUAUUUCAGUUCUGUUUAGUCAGCCUGUGUUACUGUCUGUGGGGACGUCAAGAUUUUUUUCACCUGCUUGUUUUAGUAUUUAGUUUCCUGUGAAUAUUUCACAAAACUUUGUGCUUCUCAGUUUAGAUUGUUCAAGCCUUCUGUGCCAUUUGUUUUUUUUUUUAUUUUUAUUUAUUGUGUUGCCUUUUACACAAACAUGCUUGAAGAUGUUGAAGAUGUAUGGAAAUUUGCCUUUUGAAGUUUAUUGCAGGAAGAAGAAAUGAUUUUGUCUUUUUUUGUCGCCUCAGUUGUACAUAUAUAUAUAUGGUCUGUAUGUUGGGUCCAGUUGAAGUGUUAAAUUUGAAGUUUAACAUUUGGGAUUUAACUAUGAGUUUUAUUUGACAAAUCGUAAUGGCUCACUUGAAAUGUUGGGUGACCCUUAAGUCCUUUUCCGAUAAUUGAAAUACAGACAAUGAUCUUUUUAUUCUACACAUCGAGCAUACUUCCUUUCACUGACAUACCACUAAAACACAGCUUGGAGAUUGUACAAAUGUUUGCAAAGUCACUCUUAAGGCUUUUACCAUUAGUCUCUUACUGCUGGUGUAAGACAAACAAGGCGUCAGCUGACAGCAUAGAAGCCCACACAAGUGGAUUGCGCCCUUUACUCUUUUCCUUGUUAAUGUUUUAAUUUGUUUUGUGUCUGUUAUGUACUGUGUUGUACAGACAAGAAGGUAAUAAAAUGUCCAACUUCA